AAGGUGAUGCACCAGAAGUUCCUCGAUCUGUGCUGCGAGGAGCCGGGCCGCGCGGGCGCCUCCGGGGGCGCCCCCCUGCAGCGCUCGGCCACGCUGCAGGUGGGCUCCGUCGGGCCCGACCGGCAGACCAAGCAGAACAGGUACCCCACCACGAUCCACGUCCUUGCGUCGGCCCUCGUGAAGGCGAGCAAGGUGUCGAAGGCUGUCACGGUCUACCGGGGCACCUCCGGGGGGCGCCUCCCGAACCAGUUCUGGGUGAAGGACGACACGACCGGGGUCAAGGGAGGGGUGGAGUAUGGCUUCCUCAGCACGACCGUCGACCGCCAGGUGGCGAGGCAGUACUCGGGCGGCGCGGCGGGCACGAUCCUGGAGAUCCAGACGGGCAUGAUCGACAAGGGCGCGGACCUGUCGUGGAUCUCCCAGUACCCGCACGAGGCGGAGCUGUGCUUCCCCCCGCUCACGAACAUGGAGGUGCUGGGCACGAAGGUGGACGGCUCUGCCCUGGUGGUGUCCAUCCGGCUCAACCUCAACCUCACGUGCCCGACCAUCGACGACGUCAUCGGCAAACGGAAGAAGAUGGUUGUCGGCAUGUGCGAGAACCUCAAGCAGGAGUGCUACCACUACCUGAACUCCGACCUCUGGGCGGUGGUGCUGGAGGUCAACGGCGCCUUCUUCAGAUGCCUCGCCGGGGCCGAGGACGCGCAGAGGCCCGAGAGGGCCGCCGAAGCCGCCGACGCCCUGGAGAGGGUGAGGGCGGAGCGCGCCAGGCGCUCGGAGCACGACGCCGCCAGCAAGGCUGAGAGGGCGGCCUGGGAGGCGUUCGUGCGGCUGUCCCCGGGCUUCUUCGCGGCGGCCGCCGGGGAGGUCUUGGCGAGGGCGGCGCAGGCCACCGAGGAGGAGGGCCGCCUGAUCCACCGCGCCGUGGAGGGCGCGUUCCCCGCGCGCCUGGAGGAGGUCCUCGCCCACCCCGCGGACCGCUUCAACGAGGACGACUUCUUCAAGGAGCGGGUGGCGGAGGCCCUGGCCGUGAAGGAGAGCCUGCGCCUGGCGCUGGGCGACGCGCUGGCCCUGGCCGCCGAGGCGCUGGAGCGGGCCGCGCAGCGGAGCCAGACGAGCAUGAAGGAGUGGGCGCGCCUCGCUG